AUGUCUAAGAUCAACAGACCACCUGUUUCUGUUUCUAGAAUCUCUAGAGCUUUGAAGCAAGAAGGUGCUGCUGCUAAGACCAUUGUUGUUGUUGGUACUGUUACCGAUGACGCCAGAGUCUUCGAAUUACCAAAGACCACUGUUGCUGCUUUGAGAUUCACCUCUUCUGCUAGAGCUAGAAUCGUUAAGGCUGGUGGUGAAUGUAUCACUUUGGAUCAAUUGGCUGUCAGAGCUCCAAAGGGUCAAAACACUUUGAUCUUGAGAGGUCCAAGAAACUCCAGAGAAGCUGUUAGACACUUCGGUAUGGGUCCACACAAGAACAAGGCCCCAAGAAUCACUUCUACCGGUAGAAAGUUCGAAAGAGCUAGAGGUAAGAGAAGAUCUAAGGGUUUCAAGGUGUAA